CUUUAUCGACGUAACCUUGCUGACCUUGUACAAUAAUGGCGCAAUGUUAGAGAAUCGCUCUUCUGAUUCCAACUAAUGAGCGAAGUUAUCGAGAUUACUCUUUCUGACUCAACGGAUGAUUCUUCUGAUGAACAGGAUGAGUCAGAGAGUGAAUUUACUGGUCAAUUUAAACUUGAAAAAGCUAAAGAAAAUAUCGAGUGUAACAACGACUCAUUCGAUGAGGACACUGAGACAUGUCCUAUAUGUUUUGAAUUAUGGACUUCGUCAGGACCACACAAAGUCUGCUGUCUUCGUUGUGGACAUCUUUUCGGCUAUUCGUGUGUCAUGAAAUGGUUCAAGUCUGUUGGGAAGAAAGCUAAGUGCCCUCAAUGCAAUGCGAAAGCCAAUCGACGUGACAUCCGAGUACUUUACUGUAAAAACUUAAAGGUUUUGGAUACAACUGACCGAGACAGAGCCUUGGCUGAACUUGAGCGUGAAAAGCGAGGGCGACAGAAAGCAGAACAGGAGGCUGCAGAAUUUAAAGCAAGAUGUGAUCUUCUCCAUGCAGAGGUACUUCAACUUCGCGAUGAGCUUCAGACUACCAAGGGACUUCCCAAGGUUCAGUCAUCUCUUUUGCAAAAUACUAGUGAAAUCUCAAAUUAUAAAUCGUCAAGCUCAGAUGGUUCAACUGGUUUUGACGGUCAGUAUACACUAGUAAACACUUUACUGAUCUCAGUUUGCGGAAAUUGUCGUGUUAUGGCAUCGUGUGACUAUUUAAAUACCUUGUGUGUUUCACAGUCUUCAACUAAUCCAAUAUUUCGAGGAUUUGGAAUACGUAAGGUGAAUAGUUCUGAACAAAGAUUAAUAAAAUAUGUACACUUGCAUACACAACCGAUCCGUGACUUGGCAUUUCAUCCAGAAGCUCAUGAUGGUAUUAUUGCAAGCGCAAGCUUAGAUAAAACUUUACGUCUCACUAGUUUAUUAAAUGAUUCAAUUGUUCAAACUUACCAUUGUCCAGUGGGAAUAUGGAGUUGUUGUUGGGCUGGAGAUUCGAAUCGUUUAUUCGCUGGCUGUGCAAAUGGUUCAAUUAUGUUAUAUGAUAUACGUGUGACUACCGGUCCAUUAGAUGUUUUCUAUGUACCAAAUAACGAUGCACCGGUCUUGGGAUUGCAGUAUUUAUCACCUUCUGUGGAUCAAAAUAUUUCCAGUGCUGGAGGUUUAUUAGUCGGUCAGUUGAAUAAAGUCACAUUUAUGUCUGAGAGUCCUGAAAAUCCUAUAGCUAUACAGCGAACAACUAACCAAGAACGAAUAGAAUCUGCUGAUGGCAUUGCUUCAACCGAUGAUUCAGAAACUCCCGCUUCGCCUGAUAUUCUUCAAGAUAAUAGCACUCUUCGUCCAUCGAAUUGGCUAGGAAAUAUACCUUCUUAUAAACCCCAUAAUCUUCCUCUAGAAGGCAGUUUAGUUUCAUUAAGUGCACUUCCACAAGGACGUCAGUUUUUAGCCUCCUACAGACCAUCGCAACGAUUACCUCGUGUAAGACAUUUGUUGGCAGAAUUACAAUCUGAAACCUCACCUGUAGCAGAAACGGCUUACUCCUGUAGAGAAAUACACAAUCUUUGGGCAGGAAAUCGGAUGAAAAAGCUGACUCGUGCUAAACUAUUUGUUGGACCUUCAAAAGAAUCAGGACUUAUUGCUGUUGCUGGCAAUGAAGAUGUCAAUGGUGCUUUAAUAUGGAGGUGCUCUGAUGGCACACAAAUGCAAGUCUUACAACCUCCUGAAACCACUGCUGAUAGUCCUAUCUUGGAUGUAUGUCCAAUCUUUUUCGCAUCGACUCAAAGUCAUUGUUUAACAUUACUUACUGACCGAAUGCUUCAUUUUUACAUGUGGCGUACCCAAAAUUCAUACUGAGCGUCUCUCAAGUGUAAAUAUGUACAUACUGCAACCUGGAUCAUUCUGAACACUAUUUUUUUUAAUUAAAACAAUAAAUUUGAAGCAUGGUUUCCCAGAUCACUUUUGGUAGCUUCAUCACUCUCAAAUUUAAAGGAACGUUUUUCCAAGAGGAGUAGCUUGGUUCGUUGGAGUUCUUUUCAAUGUUGUCUGCCGUUUGUUUUAGAUUUCGCCUUUCUUACUGACUAAGAACAUAGGUCACCUGAUGUUAGGCUUCCAUUGUUAUUUUAUAGAUCUCACUAUUCAAGGUCCUUGAUCGUUCAAAAUGAUUGACUUCAUAAUUUACCUUUUACAAAUACAUCAAAAAUAAUAACGGUAUUUAUUUUUCAAAGUAGAAGCACACGCUUUUCUAAUAGUCCUGGUAUUGUUUCCCAAUGAUUCCGGAAAAUGAGGAAGGGCGCAGAAGUUUAUUACUAGGUAAUCCCGGUUUUGGGUAGCUAGACUCCAAACGAACAGGUUAAUUACAUCCUGCCAGAAACGGUUUGCAGCAGAUUAUAAGAUGGCUCGUCAGCAAAUAGUGGUCUAAUAAAAAAACUAGAAAAGCCACUACUUAAAUCAAAACACGGAAUUUUCAUUAAUCGAACUGUGUCUCCUAGCUAGUUAACCUAUUUGAAAAUGAUAGCUUAGAUGAACACCACGAGUAUUUUCCCAUAAACCGAUGUUAAAAAGCGCUAAUCAGACUUUUAGGAUGACCUAUCGUAUAUUCCAAGGACCUAUGAGAUUUAUGUAUGGAAGUGCCACCUGCCCAGUCUUCUUUAUCACUACUUCACCUUUUGAAUUUUCGUUUUCUGACAACUGCUUCGCCCAUUCCAAACUACUCGUGUAAACUUGUCAUUUUCUUCGCGCAUAUAUUUCUACGAUACUCAUAACAGUGAACAGUCAAGGCUUUGGUGACAUCUGCAAUUGUUGCAGCCAGUGUUACUGGUGCUUUCAUUAUCCAGUUCUCAGGAAACAUCGCAGGUUCUUAUUCUAGCAGACUUCUUCCUCCAACAUAUAUUACAUCGAAAGUCAACAUCAUCACGGUAGUCUUCACAAGUCAUAUGAAUACCGCAAUCAGAAAUAAAAGAACUUCUUAGUCGGCUCGUUUGUUUUUGCCGCUUAGUUGUAACAUCUUGUCCCAAAUCUUCUGUGAACCGUUCGUACGUGAGCAUCAGGCACUAAAAUUGGUUCCGUGACAUUGAAACCCUUUAAACGCUUCUGAUUGGCUCCUCCAUAGUUUAUGGUCUCACAGCAACUCCAUUAUCUGUAAACACAGGCCACAAUCCAUUGCAAGUUAAUACAUAAGUUUAUAGAAGGCAUACUGUGGUGUGGUCUACUUAUAUCCAUGUAAGUAGUAUAUGGUGUGGGUCAGACAUAGAGUGUAUUUUGGCAGAAGACCGACGAGGAAAGAACUGAAAUGAAGCGCAAUCGUUUGGAAAAUGCAUGAGCAAUAGAAUAAGAGAAGAAACAGUGAAGAUUGAAACAAUUGGUUGUUAAUUUGCAAAUUGACUGUUCAUUGUUUGGUUAUUAGAAUUUACUGAGAUAGUCUGUAAUUUUUGCUUAAAUACAUUCGAUUGUCCCC